CGCGCCGAUCACCAUCGGCUCCGGCUCUCGCGGGUGGUCCCGGCCGGCGGCGCGGCCUGGCGGGCCGGGCGGCGCUGCAGCCCAUGGAGCUCGAGAACAUCGUAGCGAACACGGUGCUACUCAAGGCCCGGGAAGGCGGUGGCGGGAAUCGUAAAGGCAAAAGCAAGAAAUGGCGCCAGAUGCUACAGUUCCCCCAUAUCAGCCAGUGUGAAGAGCUUCGCCUCAGCCUUGAGCGUGACUACCACAGCCUGUGCGAGCGUCAGCCCAUUGGGCGUCUGUUAUUCCGUGAGUUCUGCACCACGAGGCCUGAGCUGACCCGCUGUACUGCCUUCCUAGAUGGGGUGGCUGAAUAUGAAGUGACCCCUGAUGAAAAGCGGAAGGCAUGUGGGCGGCGACUAAUGCAGAAUUUUCUGAGCCCAACGGGUCCUGACCUCAUCCCUGAAGUUCCCCGGCAGCUGGUGAGUAACUGUGCCCAGCGGCUAGAGCAGGGACCCUGCAAAGACCUCUUCCAGGAGCUGACCCGGCUGACCCAUGAGUACCUGAGCAUGGCCCCUUUUGCUGACUACCUCGACAGCAUCUACUUCAACCGUUUUCUGCAGUGGAAGUGGCUGGAAAGGCAGCCAGUGACCAAAAACACCUUUAGGCAGUACCGAGUCCUGGGCAAAGGUGGCUUUGGGGAGGUGUGUGCCUGCCAGGUGCGGGCAACAGGCAAGAUGUAUGCAUGCAAGAAACUGGAAAAGAAACGAAUCAAGAAGCGGAAAGGGGAGGCCAUGGCGCUCAAUGAGAAGCAGAUCCUGGAAAAAGUGAACAGUAGGUUUGUAGUGAGCUUAGCCUACGCCUAUGAGACAAAGGAUGCACUGUGCCUGGUGCUGACAUUGAUGAAUGGAGGUGACCUCAAGUUCCACAUCUACCACAUGGGCCAGGCUGGCUUUCCUGAAGCACGUGCUGUCUUCUAUGCUGCCGAGAUCUGCUGCGGCCUGGAGGACCUGCACCGGGAACGCAUUGUCUACAGGGACCUAAAGCCAGAGAAUAUCCUGCUGGAUGACCAUGGCCACAUCCGUAUCUCUGACCUUGGACUAGCUGUGCAUGUGCCUGAGGGCCAGACCAUCAAAGGCCGUGUGGGCACUGUGGGCUACAUGGCUCCGGAGGUGGUGAAGAAUGAGAGGUACACGUUCAGCCCUGACUGGUGGGCACUAGGCUGCCUCCUGUAUGAGAUGAUUGCAGGCCAGUCACCCUUCCAGCAGAGGAAGAAGAAGAUCAAGCGGGAAGAAGUAGAGAGACUGGUCAAGGAGGUGCCCGAGGACUACUCGGAGCACUUUUCCCCACAGGCACGCUCACUCUGUUCUCAGCUUCUCAGCAAGGACCCUGCUGAGCGCCUGGGGUGUCGUGGAGGUGGUGCCCGUGAGGUAAAGGAGCAUCCUCUUUUCAAGAAACUGAAUUUCAAGAGGCUGGGAGCUGGAAUGCUGGAACCGCCUUUUAAGCCUGAUCCCCAGGCUAUUUACUGCAAGGACGUUCUGGACAUUGAACAGUUCUCUACAGUAAAGGGCGUGGAUCUGGAGCCCACGGACCAAGACUUCUACCACAAGUUCGCCACGGGUAGUGUGUCCAUCCCCUGGCAGAAUGAGAUGGUGGAGACUGAAUGCUUCCAGGAACUAAAUGUCUUUGGACAGGAUGGGUCAGUUCCCCCAGACCUGGACUGGAAGGGCCAGCCACCUGCACCCCCCAAGAAGGGAUUGCUGCAGAGGCUCUUCAGUCGCCAACGGAUUGCUGUGGAAACUGCAGCGACAGUGAGGAAGAGCUCCCCACCCGCCUCUAGCCCCCAGGCCGAGGCCCCCACCGAUGGUUGGCGGUAGCAGCUACUCUCAGUGACGUUUACAGUUUUACACAGUGGUGUUCCCCCUUGUCCACUCAAGUCGUGGCCUGGGGAACACAGCCGGAACUGUCCCCAGUGUCCUCCGUCCCUCAGCCCCUGGCCCAGCUGAGUUUGACAAGGCCUGGGCCAUCUUGGGACAAAGGUGCGUCCCUUCAGCUCUUCUCUGCGGAGCUCGGGGCUUUAUGUAUUUAUGUAUUUGUACGAAUGUAUAUAGCUACCAGAGCGUUCUUAAUUCCACCCUGGACCUGGCACUCCAGGGCAACUAGCCCUGACUGGGAGAGCCAGGAGCUGGCAGAGGAGCCAAUGCCAAACUCUAUGCUUCUUGGGCCCAGUCCAGAUGAGCAGAGUAUGGGCCAGGUCAGUCUCUGACCCCAGCAUUGCACUGGUCACCACCAACCUCCAAGUGAGACUUGUGCCUACCUGUUGUGGACUUAGGCCACCACCUUCUGGUUGCCCAAUGCUGUCACUUUUUCUCAGCAUUUGUUAGAGCUGGAAAUGGGGGCUUUGUAUCCUCUAGGCCUGGGCCAUAGUGUAACCAUAGACUGAACUGACUGGGACCCAUCAGACCACAAGAUAGGUCACCUGCCUUCCAGCUCUCAGAGCACAUUAUCCCUUAUUCUAGGUCAUGUCCUGAAGAUACAUUUUUCAGAAGUGCCCCAGCCCAGGCCAUAGGAGGGGUUAGAUUUACCCCUCCAACAUUCCAGAAUCCCUCAUAAAAGUAGACAUGUGCCCAGCAAUAAUCUACCCUUCCCUGUGUGUGCCUGUUGGGGGUGGGGGGGUGAGUGUAUAUCAGUGUGUGAAGAGGGUAGGGUAAGGCUGUGCCUAAGCCCAGACCCUAACCCUGGCCUGUCCCAGACUGUGAUGGCCGUCCUGAUGCUAAUGUUAGGACAACAUGGGACCAUAAGGCCCAGGCUUUUCCAUAUUUAAAGCCAUUGUGAGCUGCCACAUGUCUCUGUGUGACCAAUGUGAGCUGCCAUGUGUCUCUGUGCGAAUACAGUCUGAGCACAAGCCUGGCCA